AUGGGUCAAACUGCUUCAGCUCCCAAGCCAGGGACCCAGAUCCAAGUCAUCGGCGCCGGACUACCCCGUACCGGUACUGCAUCCUUCAGCGCUGCCUUGACCAUCCUCCUCGAUGGCCCCGUCUACCACGGCGGCACCCAGUUGACCCGCGGCUCGCCCUCCGAGUUAAAAUCAUGGAUUCACAUCCUUCGUGCAUGGCUGGAGGACGAUAAGCGCACGGUGUUGUCCAUCGUCAAAUCUCGUCUCGAAGGUUAUGCAGCUAUCACCGACGCCCCAGGCUGUCAGCUCCUCCCAGAGCUGCUGGAGCUCUACCCGGACGCCAAGGUCAUCUGUACCGUACGCGACCCCAUCGCGUGGGAGAAAAGCAUGAACCAGAUUCACAGCUUUGCACGCCUGUCGUUCUUAAAGAUUCUCCUCCUUCCACUACCGGGGAUGAGACAUUUUGUAGACUUUACUUGGUUGCUACGCCAGCAGUGGGGCAAUCUGUAUGCGGAUGGUCGGCGGUUCAGCUCGGUGAAGGAGGUGAGCGAUACGCUUCCGCAGAGGGCGAUCUACUCCAAGCAUGUCGCUUGGCUGCAGGAAAAUGUGCCUGCUGAUCGGCUGGUGUUUUUUGACGUUCGAGAGGGUUGGGAGCCGCUGUGUAAAGCGCUGGGUAAAGAUGUCCCUACGGAUAUACCCUUCCCACAUGUGAACGAUUCCGAGGAGAUCGCACGUACUGCGAAGUAUCACAUCCGACGUGCCUUGAUCCGAUGGGUGGGGAUCUUUGCUAUUACUGGGAUUGCUAUUACAGGAUUUAUGAGGCGAUGGUGA